AUCAGUGGACAUGCAGAAAGAAGAUCUUUCUGGGCGAACAUUGACUCUAAAAUUGAAAACAACUACUUUUGAGGUGCUUUUUGUUGCUCCAUUAUGGUUCUCUGUAUAAAUAGAGUCAAUACCAACUCAUAAGAGAUUUAUUCAGGUACAACCCAUAUCUGGUGUAUGUAACCCCAAGUAAGGUCUCAUAACUUCCAUGAGGUUUGAGUUCAAAACCUCUAGUCAGCAUCUUGGAAUCACCCCCAUGAGAUUCCUUGGAGAUUAAUGUGCGUGGGACGAGGGGAUUACACACACUCAGGAGUUGAGUCUCUAGACAAAAAACUCACCAAUUUUUUGAUAUCUGGAGAUGCAUCUAGGGAAAGUAUGGUUGAUAGUAGUACCAUGGUCUCAAUUGUUAAUGGUAUGAUCACCACUUCAUGAAUGAUACAGAAACUGGUUUUUCUAUGGGUAGCCAUGAGGCCUGUAAUUAUGAUGGGAGGGAUUUGUUGAACAGCAGCCACUUUCCAGAUCUGGAAGAUAAUAAUUGUGCUAUUGGCAACAAUGAUGGAGAAAUGCAGAAAUUUCGUGAGCCUUUGAACGAUGAAAAUGGAAACAAGGUGAAUACCCCAGAACGAAAAUCUUAUCAAAAUGCAGUGUCUGAGUUGAAAGCAGAUUCUUCUUCUGUGCCAUUUGCAUUUCGUAGCCUAGAUGAAGAGAACAAGAGGGCUAAUUUGCCGGAUGAUGAUACAGUCUCUUCAUCCAAUCAGGGAGAGCUACUUCUGUGGGUAAAUGAUUACAAGUGUUCACUAUGUGGGAUUGAAUUACCACCUUUUUUUGUUGAGGAAAGGCAAGAGCGCUUUGAUUUUCAUCUUGCUGAGAGACUUCAGAAAGAGGAAUCUUGCUGUGACACAAGAAUGCUGAGGCACAGGCUUGCCCCAAAGGAUAGCAUCGCGAGCCAAAGAAAACAAAAAAAAAGCAGAGGGCUUCUCCAAAAGCUGUGUCACAAUACGUACAGAGUUCAGCUCCAAAUUUGUUGGGCGGCUACUGUUUGAGGAGUUUAUACCUUUAAUUUAUUUUGGUCAAAUGUGGAACCCAAAACACAUGGAAGAUUGCAUUGCCGUUAGUUCACUACAAAAACGCGGCCGCUUUUUUUUAGCCGUGUUUGCAAAAAACUUUUUAGUGUUGUUGCAUUAUAAUACAUCAUUUGCAUUAUAAUUUGGUGUUCACUUUUGAAAAUUGAG